GCUGCUCCACACCGCCAGCCGCCGCCUCCUCUGCGUGUGGCUUCUCCCUGCGCCCUGAUCCCUCCAGCCGCAAGGUUCCCAGAUUGCAUCUGCAAUCAUGACGACGCCCUCUGCUUCUUCAGCAUCGGCUACUUCAACGAUGUCUGGCGCCCCUACCAUGCCUGCCGCCACAGAUGCAUCGGCGGGCGCCCUCUUCCUCCACCCCUACGCCACGAUCUCCGUCAAGUACCACGUUCCCAUCGAACUGGAACUGCACAGCGCCAACUACGGCAAGUGACAGCGCCAACUACGGCAAGUGACAGCGCCAACUACGGCAAGUGGUCGACCUUCAAGGCGAUGUGCGGCAAGUUCCGACUCCUUCACCACGUCAACGGCUCCGUUCCCCCUCGCCGCACUGACCCUUCUUGGGAGCAGGUUGACUGUUGUGUCCGCACGUGGCUUUACGGCUCCGUCUCUCAAGAUGUUCUUGACUUCACCAUGGCCGAAGAUCAGACAGCGCGGCAGCUCUGGGUUGCCAUCUCCAACAAGUUUCAGGCCAAUCAGGCUCCCCGCGCCAUCUUCCUGAGCAAGGAUUUCCACUCCAUGACUCAGGGCGAUCUUUUUGUCAUGGAUUUUGGCAAGAAGAUGAAGCUAGCCGCUGACGCCCUGCUAGAGGUUGGUCAUCCUGUGACCGAGCCCACCCUGGUGCUGAAUUUGCUCCGUGGCAUCCGCCCCAAAUUCAGCAACACCAAGGAUAUUGUCGCUGGCACCAAGGAUAUCACCUUUGAUGAAGCCCUCAAUCAGUUCGCCCUCAAGGAGCUGCGCAUGGCCAACGAGGCGAAGGUGCUGUCCUCCACAGCACUGGUCGCCGCCACCACGGGCUACGGAUCUUCCUGCCGCUCAUCCUCUUCCGCUGCACCGCCGCCGCAACAGCACCUUCAACUGCCGCAGCAACAGCAGCAGCAGCGCCGGCGCAGGAAGAAGGGCGGCAAUGGCAGUGGCGGCGCCCCCGAGCAGCAGCAGCAGCAGCUUUGCGGGCCUACUCCCACCGGCCCGUGGUUCUGCUUCUCUCCGUGGGGCGGCAUGGCAUUGACUAUGAUGAAACAUUCAGCCCGGUUGUAAAACCAGGUACCAUCUGGAUAGUCUUGAGUAUUGCAGCCUCUCGUCAGUGGCCUAUUCAUCAGCUGGAUGUGAAGAAUGCCUUUCUCCAUGGUCAUCUUGAUUCUAUUGUCAGCAGCCUCCAGGUUUUGUUGAUCCAGCUCUUCCUGAUCAUGUCUAUCUUCUGCAGAAGUCGCUUUAUGGUUUGAAGCAGGCCCCUCGUGCUUGGAUGGUGCCCACACGGCUUACCUUUUGCUGUACGUGGAUGACAUUGUGUUGACUGCUUCGUCUACCAGUCUGCUUCAUGACAUUAAUGGUCGGCUUCACAUUGAGUUUGCUAUGACGGAUCUAGGGGCACUUCAUCACUUCUUGGGGAUCUCUGUCACACGUUCUUUAGAUGGUCUGUUCCUAUCUGAGCGUCAGUAUGCUUUGGACCUUCUUCAGCGUGCUGGUAUGAGUGAGUGUCACUCCACAAUGACACUUGUAGACACCAAGGCAAAACUUUCUGCUACAGAUGGAGCACCAGUUGCUGAUCCCUCUGAGUACAGAAGUCUGGCUGGGGCUUUGCAGUAUCUUACUCUCACCCGUCCUAAUCUUGCAUAUGCUGUUCAACAAGUCUGUCUCUUUAUGCAUGAUCCUCGUGAGCCUCAUCUAGAGCUUGUGAAGCGUAUCCUGGGGUAUGUGAAGGGCACUCUCUUCUGGCCUUCACAUUGGCACUGGACCAGUUGAUGCUCUUAUAGCUUACACAGAUGCUGAUUGGGCUGGAUGUCCUGACUCCAGGCGCUCUACUUCAGGUUAGUGUUUUCCUUGGCCAUACUUUGGUCUCGUGGUCGUCAAAGCGACAAACUACAAUUUCUCGUUCUAGUGCUGAGGUAGAGUACAGGGCAGUUGGCCAUGCUGUGGCUGAGGCAGCUACUUCAGGAGCUUCACAUUCCCCUCUCGAAGGCUACGCUCGUCUAUUGUGACAAUGUUAGUGCUGUCUAUAUGACAGUCAAUCCCAUUCAUCAUCGACGAACGAAGCACAUCGAGAUUGAUAUUCACUUCGUGCGUGAGAAGGUGGCUCUGGGACAAGUUCGGGUUCAUGUGCCAUCUUCACAUCAGUUUGCUGACAUAAUGACUAAGGGUCUUCCUGUACAAUUAUUUACUGAUUUUAGAUCCAGUCUUGUGUCCGUCAGGCUCCCCUGUGACUGCGGGCGGGUGUUAGAUAAAUAGAGUUGUAUAUGUGAUUGUAUUGUAUUUCUUGUAACCCAAGUCUAUACGGCCUAUAUAAUGAAAGGUCACCCCCCUCCUAGGGUGUGUGGUGUUUCCCUAAUUCUCUACAGUCCCUCUGUGACCUUUUCCACCUUUCCCAAGCCAUCACCCCCUCCUCUCCACCCAUAUUACGAGGUAAUAUCAACAUCUAAGCUCCAUAACUCACCAAGGGGUAAGGCCCCCUUUGAAUCCUAAUACAUGUCAAUAACCUCCAAGAUAAGUCUUUCAUCCCUCCUCUCUCCUCUCCCUAUGCACUUGAUUCAAAAUUGGGGGUCAAAUUUGACCCUUCUAGUGCAACUCCAGCAGCGUGCGGGCAUAGUGUAGAUUCAUGUUGGUGUGAUAUCAGUGCAUAAAGGCUAGGUUGAGGGGUAUGACCCUAGGUGAAACAAAUUACACAUUUAUGGAUCUAGGAAUGGGCUUUCAGAGUCUGUGGACCUAAGUGACACAAAUUAUAAGUUUAUGGACCCAAAAAUGCAAUUUCAAAGUUGAUGGAUCUAAAUGACACUCUCUUACAAGUUGAUGGACCUCUGGUGCACUUUACUCUAAAAAAAUGUAUUGAAAGAGUUAUGCAUCACGGUACUAUUUUUUUCACGAUGAAUCUAUUACAUCAACCUUAUGUUGUCAAAUCUAUAUGAUUUAAGGGUUAUUGAUGGUAAAAGCUUAAACUAUUUGAUUUAGGACAAACAUAAUGGACUUAUGUGUGGCAUAGAGGUGAUUGAUUAUUCCUUUUGGUCAAUUAAAAACAACAGAACCGUUUGCAUAUAGAUAGCCACCGGCAGUAUUUUCUUACUGAUUUCUUCUGUCGGCCUGCUUAUAAUCCUGCAUUCUCCAUCUUUACUUGAGCAAGCAGUCUGAUACUUCGUCCUUAU